CAAAACUUCAGAAUUUGUUUGGGGGAAUAUCGCAAUGUUAACGUCUAGGCCUACAUAAGCCAUUUUUGAAUGAAUAAGAGAAUGUUAUACAUGAUCAGUAAUAAACGAUGACCGGUUGUAGUGUCGGUUAACACCAGGCGAUUCCUGCCAAGCAGUCCCUAGUAAGUGCACUAAGCCUAAAUUUGGAUUGAUCUAUUUUCUACUUGGAUACUUAUGGUUAAUUGACUGCAAGAUAUUAAAGAUGGCAGAGGACCGCCAAUAUGAUAUGUCAUCUGAAAUCAAAGGUAUGGUAUUAAUAAUAAACAACCAUUCAGAAGACAGGUGUGGCUCAACAAGAGACGUUGCAUGCAUGAAGGAAAUGUGGAUCGAGUUUGGCUUCUUGCCUUUCACUCACACAGAUUUAAGUACUGAGGAAAUGAUAAAAAAAAUGAAAGUAUUUAGCAGGAGGGCACGUUGGCAAUCUGUUGGUUGUCUGGUUGUCAUGCUAAUGAGCCAUGGAGGCAAAGAUGGAUUGUUAGGACAACAUAAAAAAACUCUAGAUUAUCCUACUAUAUUCAAGAUAUUUAAUGAGGAGAAUUGUCCACUGAUGAAAGGCAAACCAAAGUUGAUCUUUAUACAAGCCUGUCGAGGAAAAACAGGAGAUGGCAUACAAGUAUGUAUGGAUACUUCACAACAAUCUUACAUUGAAGAAGAAAAUCCAGUAUUUCCACGUAAUGAAGAUACCUACAUUGCUUAUUCCACCACUUACGGUUGCGUUUCAAUAAGGGAGAAGAAAAGUGGUUCAGUUUUUAUUCAAGCUAUAGACAAAGUUUUUCGACAAGCGGCAGACAAGAAUGACUAUGAGAUACUAAUGACGAAGGUUAAAAAUGAAGUUUCAAACUUUAAAGGAAGUCAUAAUUUGGAAACUAUCAUGCAACAGCCAGUGGUAUGUGGCUUCCUCAAGAAAACAUUGUAUCUUAAGGAGCAAAUUUAAAUUACAUAAGACGGAAGAUGAAAAAAAGAAACAUGAAUUUUUCAACAAAAAAUUAGAUACAUACAGUAUUACAUUAUAUUAUUAUAAUUUAUAUUGAACAUAAAUGAGUUUGCGUAGAUUUCAAAGGCUCUGCAGAAUCUUCCAACCUGAGCCAACUCCUAUAAGCUUGUUUCCCUAACUAUUAAUAUGGUCCGAGGUCCCAAGAAUCGAAAUGGCCUGUCGCACUCCCAGCAAGUAACCAUUCUCCUGCAAGUUCAUGAUAUUUACAUGUUUUUACUACUUUAAUAAUCAAUUGUCCCUGGGAGUCAGCUGGCGAUGGGUAUCACUAUGUGAAAGAUAGAUGCUCAUUUCACCAUCUCUCCCGGAUGUGGCUUCUUUCAGCUUGGGAUCCCUGUUAGUGUUGAUUAUUUGUUAUAUGAAUAUUUAAAAAUGAAUAAUUAAUUAUCUCUUAUCCAUGACCAUGACACUCGUAGUACAAACAACUCAGUAAAUUCUGCUCGUGUGUGUUUAAUUAUGCACCAAUGGUUUACACAUAAAACAUGGAAAAUUAACUGAGGACCAAUUAUCUCCAUGGUUUGGCACACACAGAGUUGCUCAAACCACACUUUAAAAUGGCUUCUUUCUAUUUUUAACUUGGCCUUCUAUUCAGUACAUUUAUAAAAUUAUAAGGUGUAUAUUAUUCCAUCAAAAUGCAACUCUUUUUUGCAGAUGCAGUAUAUAAAAUCAAUAAAUUUUUUUAAUUCAAUAUUAGGACAUUAAGAAUUUGUUAAUGUUUGACCUUGUGCUUUUUGUAAUUAUGUCCCAGAAUGAGCGAAUAUGCUAACUGCUCAUUUGCAUAAUUAAUAUUUCACUAAUCAGGUAAUUUAGGUUAGUUUUACCAUAACUAAACUUGGUAAGUCCCAUUGGUUUCCAACUUGGCAGAAUUUAAGAUAGUAAUAAGAGGACAGAGCCUAUUGUUUUUGAUACAUGUGUGAAUAUGCUAAUUGCUCAUUUGCAUAAUUAAAAUUUUGCUAAUCAGGUACAGGAAUGUAGGCUACAUAACGGAAGUUUGGCAAGUUCGAUUUUUUCCAAACUUGGCAGAAUGUAAGAUAGUAAUAAGAAGACGGAGCCUAUUGUUUUUGGUACAUAUGUGAAUUUGCUAAUUGUUUAUUUGCAUAAUUAAUAUUUCGCUAAUCAGGUAAUUUAAGCUGUUACCAUAAUAACUAUAGUUUGGUUAAGUCUUAUUAAUUUCAACCUUGUCACAAUGCAAUAUGGUGAUAAAGCAAUAGCCUAUUGUUUUAGGUAUGUUUGUGAAUAUGCUGAUUGCUCAUUUGCAUUAUUAAUAUUUUAUCAAUUAAGAAAAUUAAGAUAGUUAACACAAUAACUAAAGUUAGGCAAGUCCGAUUAGUUUCAAACUCUAUAGAAUACAAGAUGGUAAUAAGAAGACAGGUUUUUGGUACGUGUGUGAAUAUGCUAAUACCUCAUUGGCAUAAUUAAUAUUUCACUAAUAUGGAAAUUUACGCUAAAUACCAGCAUAAUUACUGGUGAUUAUUAUAAUCACUGGUGUAUUAAAUUGUUUGAUAAUACGAUAACAAAAAUUUGGCAAGACUGGUUUCAAACUCCUAUCAGUUCUCAGAGAAAAACCACACCGUGGAAGGCUAUGCUUUUACUGCGCAGCACAAAAGGAGCAUUUCUAAUUUUACGUGCGUUAAAGAACACAGUACACUCUGUGGAAAAGAGUAGGGGAUUGUCUCCCGGUGUACUGCCCAAUCACCACCAGAAGGACCGCAUUGGAAAUAAGUCUUCUUCAGACAUUCGUGGGUUAUCCUUGGUGUUUACACCGAAUAAAUCUAAUCUAAUGUUUAUACCAAUUUAAGUAAAAUUGCAUGAUGAAUAAAAUGUAUAUAAUGGAA